ACUCCGCUUCAGCCUCCAGUUCUUCACUUCUGCAAAUCUCCAAUCGGCGACUCCACCAGACCACUACUCCAGUCUCUAGAUAGGCAAACCAUGGUGGAACCGAAGCCCUUAAUAGGGCUAACGUGGGAACCGAAGCUGCCUGGACUUCCAGUAGCUGACAAGCAGAAGCGUCACCACUCCCAGCCCCUUGAAACUAGCACCGCUCUUUACAUGCCCCGUUCGGAGCUCGUCGAUGGUCUCUUCGUGCCGCCCAGAGAUCCCAAAAAGCUCAGCUUGUUACGCCGCAAAGAGGUCAAAGACACUGCUGGGAAAAACUGGUUUGACAUGCCUGCACCAACCCUUACUCCGGAGCUAAAAAGGGAUCUGCAGUUAUUGAAGAUGAGGGAUGCUUUUGAUCCAAAGAGACAUUACAAGAAAGGCAGUUCAAAAUCUAAAGAACUUCCCAAGUAUUUCCAGGUGGGUGUUGUGGUAGAGCCUGCGUCAGAGUUCUAUUCCAGUAGACUUUCUAAGAAGGAGAGGAAGGCAACUCUUGCAGAUGAAUUAAUUUCAGAUUCAAAGCUUGCGCAAUAUAGGAAGCGCAAGGUUCGUGAAAUUGAAGAGCAAAAGCGGCCAGGGGUAGUGAGCAAGUGGAAGAACAAAGGCAAGCAUUCGAGGAAGCGUGCAAAGCAAAGGAGGCAAUGAUGGCUUUUGUUGUCACUCCCAGCGGCAAUCCUAUAGCAACUCUAUAAUUGGAGAGACCUAGCUACACUUUAUUUGUUAGUCUGAUGAGCUUCAAGGUUGGUCAAGGACUUGACAUUGGAUUAGUGGAGACGAAGCUUCAUUCGUUUUGGUAAAUUUGGAGGAACCUGUAGAACCCUUGUUGCUUAUGGCCUCUGUUUACUUCAUUCAAACAGUUGAAUUUUGAUGUUACUGUUAAAAUGUUAUAUCCCCUCGCAUUUUUAUACUUGCUUCUUGUUUUUUAAUACGGAGUAAUAUUUUUCAUAUACUCUGUAGUACGUUUUAAAAAUGAUCGAAGGGUCAUUUCAUCACUCUUUGAAGCUGUUAAACAAGAUCCAGAUUUAAUUUUUCACCAGUAAACAUUCAGUUAUCGAUAAGGAGUUAAC